GGUUCCCCCCGGGCCGGAGCGAGGGCGGGAGGGGGCGCAGGCCCGGGGGAUGCUGGGCUCGGUGAAGAUGGAGGCCCAUGACCUGGCCGAGUGGAGCUACUACCCGGAGGCGGGCGAGGUCUACUCACCGGUGACCCCAGUGCCCAGCAUGGCCCCCCUUAACUCCUACAUGACCCUGAACCCUCUGAGCUCUCCCUACCCCCCCGGGGGGCUCCCUGCCUCUCCACUGCCCUCAGGACCCCUGGCUCCCCCAGCCCCUGCGGCACCCCUGGGGCCCACCUUCCCGGGCCUGGGUGCCAGCAGUGGUGGAGGCAGCAGCUCGGGGUAUGGGGGCCCGGGAGCAGGGUUGGUGCCGGGCAAGGAGAUGCCCAAAGGUUACCGGCGGCCACUGGCCCACGCCAAGCCGCCAUAUUCCUACAUCUCGCUCAUCACCAUGGCCAUCCAGCAGGCGCCGGGCAAGAUGCUGACCCUGAGCGAGAUCUACCAGUGGAUCAUGGACCUCUUCCCCUACUACCGGGAGAACCAGCAACGCUGGCAGAACUCCAUCCGCCACUCUCUGUCUUUCAACGACUGCUUUGUCAAGGUGGCGCGCUCCCCAGACAAGCCGGGCAAGGGCUCCUACUGGGCCCUGCACCCCAGCUCAGGUAACAUGUUUGAGAACGGCUGCUACCUGCGCCGCCAGAAGCGCUUCAAGCUGGAAGAGAAGGUGAAGAAAGGGGCUGGCGGGACCUCCACCUCCAAGAACAGUGCAGGGGCUGCCGCCUCGGCCACCAACCCUGCUGCCCAGGUCACCUCUCCCCCGCAGCCCCAGCCUCCACCACCUGAGCCGGAGGCCCCCGGCGGGGAAGAUGUGGGGGCUCUGGACUGUGGCUCACCCCCUUCCUCCACACCCUAUUUCACUGGCCUGGAGCUCCCGGGGGAGCUGAAGCUGGAUGCACCCUACAACUUCAACCACCCUUUCUCCAUCAACAAUCUGAUGUCAGAACAGACACCAGCACCUCCUAAACUGGACGUGGGGUUUGGGGGCUAUGGGGCAGAGGGUGGGGAGCCUGGGGUGUACUACCAGGGUGUCUAUUCCCGCUCUCUGCUUAACGCAUCCUAG